GCAUAUCCGUCUAAUCACUAUUGUCUUGUCUUUUGCUUCAUCCUCUGUUGACUCUACCUUCCUUGCAAGACAUGAUGUUUCUAUGGGAAUGAAGGUGUGAGAAAAAGCGAUAUCAAGCAAAUAGUUUCCUUCCUUGGGUUGGGCUAACUUCUACGUAUCUGACUGGUAACUUUAUAGUUUUAUACAAUAAUUAUCAUAAGAGGAAGGGCUAAAGCAGCAUAACGUAAAUCUCAAGUUGAAGUGAAACAAAAUUCCCUUAACAGAUGUCGUUCAUUUUUGGAGUCGGUUUAAACUACGCAGAAUCCUAUCCGAUACUUAUAGCCCUUGGAGAUGACUAUUUUUGAGCAAGAUGCUGAGAACUGAUAUGAAACAUAAGAACACUUUCUUACUAUUUUAAAUUCCUCUAUUGCGUUUCUUCGAGAGGAUAGAGGUAAGCAAACAAAUGAGUUCUGAAGUCAAAGACAAAGAUGAAUAUGGGUUGGAAAUCACAAAGGCAAAGCAUCAGCAAUGGUAUGGACUUCAGGAGAUUCUAAAGCAUGAAUUCUUGAAGCUGUUGAGGAUAAGGGAUUUUUUGAGCCUGAUUUUAAUGUAUCCGAUGAUAAUGCCAGACCAACACUUGUCAAAAAAAUGGAGAGAUGAUGCCCAAGCCCUUACUGCCAAAUAUUUUGAAGACACAGAUUGCCUUGGUUUAAACAUAUCUGGAGCUUACCGAUGGAUGCAUCUGCUUUCUGAAAAGCCAUUAAAAAAUAUGGAAGCACUGAUGCCAAAUGACUUGCUAAGUAGGAUAGAAGAAGGUCAGAGAUGCAUCUUCAAUGAAAAUGCCUCGACUCUAUCAGGAGAGGCAUUGCUUUUUGCCAGCACAAGUAAAGGGGAAAAAGUGCUUGAAUUGGGUUAUGUCCAUAAUGUGAUACCAGAAGCUAUUCUCAAUUUAGCUGCUGAUCUUGCUGUUGAUCAACUGAUUCAAACUUUACUUACUCACAACACUCAUCAUGUCAUGUUCUCAACAAGAAAUGAAUUUGAAAAAAUAGAUGUGGCAAGAAAAAUAAAAUCAGCUUUAGAUGCUGAGUACUAUGGAACUAGAAUUAGUAACAAAUAUUCCAGAGUUUUAUGGGUUUACACAUCAACGUAUUCAAGCAACAAAGAAGCUUGGGUUCGGGAAGAGAUUGCACGACAGCUUGACCUUUUGACAGGCAAAGGGGAUCAGAUAGGAAGUGAAAUUUUACUCACACGACUCAUUGAAGUUGAGAUGAUGAGAAUGAAUCAUUUAGUGUUUUUGGUGGAUGGGAAUGGCAAAGGAAAAGUUGACCCCUGGAAAGUGGGUUUUCCUAAGAAAAUGUUCACAGGCGUUGUGGUGUUAUUAACCGUUGAAUCAUCAGUGCUGCAACAUGAUGAAUUAUUAAUGGCAAUGGAUUUGGAAAUCAGGACAGAGGAUCAUUUGAUGCCAUGGGAACUCUUCUGCAGAAACGUAGGUUGGAAACUUGUAUCAUCAUCUAAUGACAUCCAAAGAAUUGCAGUACAAAUAGUUGAGGAGUGUCGAGGCCAUCUUCUUGCCAUUGUUCUUCUGGCAAGAUCAUUGAAGAACAUCGAAGAUGUUGAAAUCUGGAAACUUGCCCUACAGAAAUUGUGCUACCUUCAUCCUUUACAUGCUGCCAGAAUUGAUUAUGGUAUGAGUAAAAUCAUGGUGAAUGCUUUUGUAAACAUCAUUUGGAAUAAUUUGAACAAAACAGAAAAGCUUUGCCUUGCAUGUUCUUUAUAUGUACUCAGCCUUGAAGAAACUAUGGCGGACCAUCUCAUAAUAUCCAGCUGGGUAUAUAAUAAAUUAGUGUGCUCACAAGAAGAAGCAGAGCAUAUCCUCAGAGAUUUUGUGCAUCGUUGUAUCUUUCUUAAAGUUGAACAUAAGUAUAUUCAAUGGCCAAGAGAAAUCUACAAUGUCUUGAAGUCCUUGCUCAUGCUGUACCCAUUAGACACAAUAAAGAAAGGUGGGUUAGGAUUGACUGAGCUACAAAUCACUGGAGCAUGGCUUUUGGCCAGACGUCUGGAGUUAAUGGACAAUAAAUUGUCAGACCUACCACAGACCGUUGAUUGCCCGCAAUUGACUCAACUAUUAUUACAAGGCAAUGCCAAUUUGAUGGAAAUUCCACGCUUAUUUUUCCGUUUCAUGCCUCAUCUCCAUGUCCUGGACUUGUCCUACACAAGCAUCAGGAGUUUACCAAGUUCUCUUUUUAGCUUAGGGGAGCUUGGAGAAUUGCAUCUCAAGGGAUGCAAGCGCUUUAUGGAAUUAUCACCAGAAAUUGGACAACUUAAGAAUCUUGAGAUUCUUGAUCUUGAUAGUACUCCAAUUACAUAUAUUCCAGAACAGAUUCGAGAGUUGACGAGGUUGAAAAAGUUGAUCUUAUCUUUUUAUGCUUGCCAUGACAUGACAAAAAGCCUACAUUAUCCGGUUCCUCCUGGGGUAAUAUCUAAACUGACUCAAUUGCUUUAUUUAAGCAUUGAUGUCAAUCCUGGCAACAAGCAGUGGCGUGAAAGCAUUGGAGUUAUAAUACGCGACAUUUCUAAAUUAAAGAAACUGAAUACUUUGAGUUUAUAUAUCCCACAGGUUAAGCUUUUGAAGUAUGUCCCAAAGUACUUUAAUUUUAGAUUUGUUGUUGGUAAUCUUAUCCAGAAGAGAAUCAUAUCACGUGUACCGCCUGCAGUUGAGUCAAAAUUCAAGCAAAUCAGUUGCAGCUUAAGAUUUGUAAAUGGUGUGGACAUACCAAAUGAAAUUUUUGAGGUUAUUCAACGAAGUGAGGCUCUAUUUUUGGAGCGACAUAGUACCAUCAAGAAUCUUUCUCAAUUUGACAUGGGGUGUUUAGCUCAUUUGCAAUCAUUCAUUGUGGGAGAAUGUAAUGAAAUGGAAACAAUAAUUGAUGAGGGAGGUUCAAUUUCUCCAGAUUUGUGUUGGAGAUUCUUGUGUUUAUUCUACAUGAACAAUCUAAGAAGCAUUUGCCAAGCGGAAGCCUCUUUUCGCUCAUUAAAUACCGUGGUUUUGCACAAUUGCCCUAAGCUAACAAGUAUUUUCACAUUGAAUUUUCUUGACAGUCUUGUAAACUUGGAGGAGCUAAUAGUUGAAGAUUGCCCAAAAGUAAGGACCUUAAUAAGUCGCGACUCAUUUGAACCUGGAGAAGGGAGUCUCCUUCCUCGCUUGAAGAAAGUAUCACUUCUUUAUCUUCCUGAAUUAAUUAGCAUUUCAAGUGGAUUGUGUAUUGGGCCAAGUUUAGAAAGAAUAUUAUUUUACGACUGUCCCAAACUCCAGAUUCUUUCAGCUAAGGAAUUUCUGAGCAAAAAUUUAGCGGUCAUCAAAGGAGAAGAGGAGUGGUGGGACGCUCUAAAAUGGGAAGAAUCAGAGUGGGGAAAAGAAGGCUGUCCAGAUUAUUUGCAUCACUUGUUUAUUCCUAUUAAUGAGGAGACUGACAUCGUUGAUCAAUUACUUGAAGUUGAAGAAUCUUCGGUGUCCAACGAAAAGGAGGUUUGGGUUGAGAAUAUUGAUAAGGAGGCUGACAUAUUUUCAACUUCUAAUAAUGAAAAAGAUGGCGAUGAAUCUUCCAGAUCCAAUAACGAGGAGACUUUGAAUCUUGACUCAAACAACACUUUUACUGGAAACAAGGAGGCCGUAAUAAUAGAUUCAUCAGCGGCUGAUGAUGUUCGACCUGGAAAGAAAGAGACUUUGAAAGACGUGCUGAAGUCGGACUUGCAUGAUGACGAAGCAAAGCUGAAGGCCAUGAAGAUGGUAGCUAAGCUUCCAGAGAGUCGGAUUCAAGAUGGACAUGUGUCAUAUCCAUGGGAAAGGAGCAUGCAGGAGUUGGCAGGGAUUCCCAAUUCUGGCAACUUUCUUUCAAUAUUACUGUUGCCAAAAGCUUCAGAUCAGGAGGCUUGCCGUUACAAUGAUCUAGAGGACACUCUAGCCAGGGCAAAUGCAUGGCUUCACGCUGCUCAAAAUUCAGGGAUACCUAUUGUGUUUGUGAGCAUCCAAACCGAAACUCUGCUGACCAAGAUCUCUGGAGAGACAAGGUCAUUAACAGACUUGUCAAACCUUGCAGCAAAUGAAAGUUUUCACCGCUUCAUGGACAUGGGCUUAUUAAGAGCAGUUCGCCUGUGGUAUGCUCCAAUUGGGGGAGAGCUCUCUGUGGAGAUCGAACUGCAAGAGCGUGAUUCAAAGCUCGGCUUUGCCAUUAGCCGUACAGAAGAGGGGUUUAUAUUCAUCUCAUCGGUGACUGAUCAUGAAGAGAACUUGCCCAGUACAAGGUCAGGUCUGUGCAAUCUAUACAAAAUAGCAACAGAGACUUCAAGGCUGCUGGUAGUCUCGAGAGUGUCAAACCAGAAAGUGCUUCCGUGGAUGGUGUCUUCAACAGGGGCCAUUCGGUGUUAUGAUACCGUUUCAAUAGCCCAAAAGCUUUCCUUGCACCGUCACGCCAGAGUUCCCGUUCUGAUGCACGUCUUACUUUGGGACGCAGCAUUGACUUCUUCCGGUGGAGGCACUGAGAACACUCCUCAAGUGACUUCCUCAGUUCAGUUGGGACACAAUCCUCAUGAAAAUCGAAUACUGUCAUUGAUUCCUAAAACAUCUGGUCCAGAUUUAGGUGGUGAAGACUUCAGGGACGGAUCGAUCCACAAGAUUGAGAGACACACAACUAGGAAAUUCCAUGACUUAUCCUUAUUUAUCAUCUGGGUCUGAAGUCUGGUAUUUGUAUCUUGUCUCAUCCCAUUUCUGUUUUCCUAGUUGCUUGUGUUGCUACGUACAGCCUUCAGAAUAUCUUGUUCGCCAGAAAACGAAAACGGAACAAAGCGCUUGGCUUUUGCUUCGUUACAGUAAUGUAACCAUUAGGAUUUCAAAUGGGAGUGGGAGUGCCUACUUGAUCAUAUAUGUAAAAAUAUGGAAGGACAUCAGGACUUAAUUGUAAUAUGGCUCACUUGUCCCUUCCUUCCGUUUCAGAUGCCUAAUCACAAAAGAUUACAGGUCUCGUUUGUUUGCGGGGACAGAUCAAAUGGAACAGAAGAGAAAAAAAUUACAAAGGAGGGAAAAAGAAAGUAUAGUUUGUUGUAUAUAUGUGAGUUUGUGAGACUAUACACACAUAUGUAUAAAUAUUCUUUUGUGUUAUGAAUAUUAAGAAUUACUCCA